AUGGACUCUAGCCAGCUCAAAACCAAGGUGCUGGAUGUCGCAAAAUCGCUCGUCACUGGAAACAGGAACCAGUACGAGCAGGCCAUCGACGAGUACUUCGCCGAUGACGCCGUGUACGAGUCGCCUGUCCAUGUCGCGAAGGGCAAGGAGAACAUUGAGCAUGUUUUCGUCCUGCACCAGGCGUUCCGUGCCGACUCCAAGCUCGGCGAGUGGAAGUGGAAUGACCAGAACAAAACCGCGACCUUCACUGUGAGGGGCCGCUACCACCUGCCCGUUGGCGACCUUCCCUGGCCGGUCAACUCGCUGUCCAAGGUCACCAUCCCCCUCGACAUCAGGGGCGUGCAGCUGCAGGUCGAGCCCGACCACAGCUCGCCAUCGCCGUCGCAGACUGACCGCGGCGAUGUGGACGACACCAAGUACCAGGUCACCAAGUUCUCUAUUCCUUCCCUUGCGCCCCGCAACCGCCUGCUCGCUCUGGUCACGCUCGCCCUGCGUAUCGUCUCGCCCAUCGUCAUCAGUAUCGCGAGUAUCGUCGUGUCGUUCUUCCAGCGCCACCCGCUGUCUCAGGGUCUCAUCAAGACCGCCUUUGCGGCCAUCUACGAGCUUACCACCGGUGUUCUGAACUUUAUCGUCACUCGCAUCCCGAUCGUCGGCAGCAAGAUCAAGAGCAUCCGCGCUAAGGCGGACGCUGCGUUCGCCGAUGCCAAGGCCGCGCCCAACGUCGACUCUGCCCCUGCUUCCCCUCACCCCGUCGAGAAGCGCAAGCCCCGCCAGUCUGGCAGGCACGCUCUCGCCGGCCUGCUUGAGGAUGAGCCGCACCCUGCCGCCCUCAUCGAGGACCGCCCUCUGUCUGCUUCGCCCGGUUUCAGGGGCAGCAAGGCGGCGAAGGCUAAGGGCGUCGCCGACCCUCCCGCCGUUGUGCUUGACGCUGCGAUCGGCUCGAGCGUGAGCAGCAAGAGCAAGAAGUCGGCCCGCAGGGCUAUUGCCGACGAGGCUGCUCCCGCUGGCCUCAUCGAGGACGAGCCCCACCCCGCCGGUCUCAUCGAGGACGAGCACGAGCUCCUGAUCGAGGACGCGCCCGUCGAGGGACUCAUCACCGACGGCCCCGACUCUGUUUCUGUUCCCGUCUCUGGCGGCGCGUCCGCCACGGAUACCGACUCUGGCGAUGCGACCUCGCCUUCCCCGUCUCCGCACGUGAACCUGCACGCGUCUGACGGCCACGCCGCCAAGCACAGGAAGAGCAACAAGAAGAAGCGCAACCAGAAGCAGCACGCCAACUACCACUACUCGCACAACCACGAGACGGUCAAGAAGGCCGAGAGGCAGGGCGCAGAUAGCCGACGUGAGUGGAGGUACGCCACCGAAAGGGACGCCGAUCGCAACGGUGGAUUUUGGAACGGCACCAUCCUCCACAACAACAGCAGCUCACAUGGACAUCGACUCCUGGCCGCCAGCGGAGCAAGAGCUGGCGCCGGGUCCGCAGUUGCUCGCCAUCGACACGAAUGUGCUCAUCAAUCGACUGGCGCUCGUGCAGGCGUUGCACAAGCGGCUGCUGCCGAGCGAGGUGUGGUUGUUCGUCCCGCAUGUGGUGGUGAGAGGGCCGCACAGGGGCCCUUCGAGGCGGGCGUGGAGGUGAAGAAUGACGAGAGGAUAUUGAAGUCGUUGACACACGCUUAUUCUGUGGGUCUGCUGUUGGACGGGGAUGCCGGGGCGGGGGUAUCGUUUGGAGGAAAUGGAGGAGGCUCAGGAGGGAGUGUGGGAGGAGAUAGUGGGAGUGGUGGAGGGACCGGAGGAGGGAAGAUAGGCGGCAUGGGCAAUGUGCGGCUUUGGACUGAAGACGUCAACUUUAGUCUCAUGGCCGAGGCGGCAGGCCUCAGUACUCUGGGGAAAUGUGUGACGCUGUCGGCCGUGUUGGGCGGUCUCGGGCUCGAGGACCAGGACGAGGGGAUGGAACUGGAUCUCGACCCGAGUGCCAAUGUGGAUCUCUUCAGUCGCCAGACUGUGCAGCCGGGACUGCAGCCGCCAAUGCAGCCGGAUACGUACUCGCCCUACGCCUCGCCCUACGCCUCGCCGUACGCCUCGCCCAGUUAUCCCAGUUACUCGAGCUCAACACCGACACUCCACGCGCCGAGUUCUUCAAGUCGGACGACACGAACGACACCCUCGACACCCUCGACACCCAAAGCGGGGGGACGAGGCAUGCCGCCCCCGGGCACAUUAAAGGAGGCAGUGGCCCGGCUCCAGUCGCAGUGUCCCGCCUCGCUCCGGCCGGCGCUGCUCAGUGCGCUCACGUUGUUCGCGGCACGGAGGGCCGUGUCCCUGUCUCUGCCACCCCUACCGCCAGCUUCGCCAUCAAAGCCUGGCUUUUCCCUUCCUUCAUCCUCCCCCUCUCAUUCUGGAUCUGGAUCUCUUGCGUCUUCGCCCGGCAGUUCGGACACACCGAAUCGGACGAGCAGCAGCACAAGUAAGGGCAUGUCGGAAGAAGCCUGCGAGCAGUACUUCACCGCCACGCUCUCGGGCGUGCACCAACUCAUCGCCGCCAUCGACACAUCCUCUCUCCCCUUACGCACGCAGGCCGUCCUCGGCUCGGCGCUUAGGACGCUGUGCAAAUUCGUCGGACCGAGGCAUAAGGGCGACAAGAGCGUGCCGGUUUCAGAAGUCAGAGAGGCUGUUAGGACGCUCGAUGGGGAGACGGGCGAUUUCCGGGUCGUGCUUGAACGUCUGGACGCGUUGGACAUGUAG